AGAAGCCCUAAAAGGCACUGAACAACAUCUUCCGCUCUCUCACCACCUCUCAAUUCAAUUUUCUUCAAUCGUAAUUUUCCAUUUUCGCUUCGUAAAAGACGAUGAGCAGCACCGGCGCAGGAAGCGGCACGACCAAAGGAGGGAGAGGAAAGCCAAAGGCCACCAAGUCCGUUUCUCGUUCGUCGAAGGCAGGUCUCCAGUUCCCAGUCGGAAGAAUCGCCAGGUUCCUCAAGGCAGGGAAAUACGCCGAGCGUGUCGGUGCCGGAGCUCCGGUCUAUCUCUCCGCCGUUCUCGAGUACCUCGCCGCUGAGGUGUUGGAGCUAGCUGGAAACGCGGCGAGGGAUAACAAGAAGACGCGUAUCGUGCCGAGACAUAUUCAGCUUGCGGUGAGGAACGAUGAGGAGCUGAGUAAGCUUUUGGGAGCUGUGACGAUUGCUAACGGUGGAGUGUUGCCGAAUAUUCAUUCGAACCUUUUGCCUUCCAAGGUUGGGAAGAACAAGGGAGAUAUCGGAUCUGCUUCUCAGGAGUUCUGAGUUCUCUUUUUAGCUCUUUUGUUCUCUUGAUGUAACUUUAUAUGAGUUUUGAUUAAUCGUUGGGUUUGCAAGAAAAAAAAAUCGUCGAAUUCAACAACGAAUCAAAUCGGAUUAGGAGCUAGGUUUGUUUAGGUGUUAACAUCGAUUCCACUAAGGAACUGGAGCAACAGCUCUGGUUUGGCGUCGUGUGAGAAAAUUAGUGGACUAGUAAUGAUGCAUCUGAAUGAAUGGGCCUAUUUAAAACUGGUGGACUCUUUUGGAAUAUCAGCUUGUGGGCUUCCUGUUUAAAAGAAUUAUUGGACUCUCU